AUGUCAUACAUUCUUGUUAAAAACAUUUCAAUACUACUUGUUGUCUUGUUAUUUGUUUGGAAUUAUUCACCUGUCAUUUCACAAAAUUCAACACUACUUUCAAAAAGACAAUUUUAUCUAUCAGUGAAUCAAACUUUAAAUAAUAAUUCAAUCUAUUUCUCUCCAGAUAUAUUUGUGGAACCAUGUGAAAACAAUACGACACCUUAUCCUUGCUUUAAUAAGGUCUAUAUCGAUACUUUCUUAUUCAUUUCGGGAGAUUAUCAUAAUUUUGCCGAUACUAUCAUGUAUUUCACGAGUGGGAGUAGAGAUAUUUGUGAAUAUGUGAAAACUUUCUCAUUUGGUGGUGGUUCAAUUAGCAUCGAUCAAAUGUGUGAAUAUUAUUUCUGUCCUCGACCUUCUGAUGAUUAUGCUGGCAGUUACUUGUUUUGGAGAGAGGAUGCCACGAGAAAUGGAGGAUUUUCGGAUAUGUACUGCAAAUAUUGUGGAUAUAAUAAUGAUACAUUGAGAAGUCGUGUGUGGGAUCCUCAAGCUUGUCCAUUCAUUAGGAGAGAUGUUGAGGAAAAGUUGAUGACCAGCUCACAAGUUAGUACCACCUCAAUUUGUGGAACAGAGGCAGCAACACCAUUAUCAUUCCCUUACCGAUCGAAUUUAUAUUUCGAUAUUCCUAAUCUCAUCAUGUGCUAUUGUGAAAAGCAACAGAGAUUUGGUAUUAAUUGUAAUAUUUUCGAGAAUGUUGAUGCCAAGAUUUAUAUUGACUAUAUCAUUUUCACAUUGGUUUACUUUUUAGAGAGCUGUUUUGCAGUUUUUGUUUUACUGAUUCCAUCCCUGUUGCAAAUUAGAUUCUUAAAACCAAUUAGAACAAUGUCAGUCAGAUUUAAUACAUAUAUCAGAACUUUGUGGACAGGUAGUGAAGAUGGAGCUCUAGGUUACUCUGAUGAACAAGUUUAUGUUCCAUUCAAAUGGUUUGCAAUUAGACAUUUGAGAUUGGGUGUUACAAUUAUAUUAGCUACUGCUCUGUGUGCCUAUACUUUGGUGAGAAUUAUUGUUCACUCUGCUAGACCAUCUUCCAUCUUUACUGUUAUUGAUGUAUUUUUCACAUUAAUGUUCUUUGCCAUGUGUGUCAGUUUCUUCUUGAUUGUUGUCUUGUGGAGUAAUAUUGCCUUUUCAAAUAGAAGAAAGGGUUCAGCAGAUGUCUUGUUGAUGCCUUUGAGAGUUGUCCUAUUUACUAUUGGUGGAUUUUUAUUAUUGAUUGCUGUUGGUUGGAUUAUUGCUUCUCAAGUGGAUGUGGAAGAUACUUUCGCAUCUGGUAUUGUAUUGAUAGUUGUGAUUGUUAUUUUUAUUGGAAUUGCCCUAUCUCUAUUCGUUUUUGGUUCUAAAUUGUACUAUGAUGUUACCAGAGUUAAGCAAGAGCAAAAGAUUUCAUUCACCUCACUCAAGUUUACCAAAUUCAUGUUUAUGGCCAAUGUAACUUUCCUUUUGACAUGUAUUUUCUUCUUACUGACUGCCAUUCAAAAGAUUACCUACACCACAAUUAUUUCACAAGGAUUGGCUGUUUGGUUGAUGCUCAUUGUUGAGUUCUUCUUGCUGUGUAAUGUGGGCUUAUUACUCUACAUUCUUUACGAUAAUAGAACUGUGAUGGAUGUUUAUGAGUUUGUGUAUUGGCCUAUUACAACCCUCUGUUGUUGUUGUUGUAAGAAGAAGGAAUAA